CAAACGGCGCUGGUCGCACUUGCAAGCUUCCAAACAGCCGGCGCUAACGUUAAGCCGAAGCGGCCGUUGCACGCUACGUCUUCUCCUAGUAACGCUUUUGACAGUGACGUGCCUUUCUCUCUUUCUCCCUCUCUCUCUUCCUGUUUGCUACGUUCUCAGCUCUCCUUCUCUCUCCCUCCCUGUCUCUGUCUCCGUCUCCGUACAGUUUCUGUUACGCCGCAGAUUAAGAGCAAGAAAGAGCGGCUUUGAAAUCAGAAGGCCAAGCCUAUUUGGUUUCUAGGCCAUCGUCUUCAGAGAUCUUCUAAACGGGAAUCGUCUGCGUCUCGAAUAGAAUGUCAGGGGAGGAGGUAUUAAUUCAAGACGAUGAGAUGGGUGGGAGCUUGGAACCUGAGACCUCUGAGGAUGAGUGGCGAAAGUCUCGGUCCAGAUCUCUUCGGAGAAGAAUGACUGCCUCGACGAGACUCACUCAUAGUCUCCGGAAGCGUAAUAACCGUGUAGCUGAUUGUCGAUACCCAUCAAUUUUGAUAGAGGAUGUUCGUGAUGCCGAGGAGGAAAAAGCAGUAAAUUCGUUUCGUCAGGUACUACUUGAAAAAGAUCUGCUUCCAGCUUCCCACGACGAUUAUCAUACAAUGCUGAGAUUUCUGAAGGCCAGAAAAUUUGACAUAGAUAAAACAGUCCAUAUGUGGAGAGAUAUGCUCAAUUGGAGGAAGGAGUAUGGAGUAGAUUAUAUUCUUCAGGAUUUCAUAUAUGAUGAAUAUGAAGAGGUUCAGCGAUAUUAUCCUCAUGGUUAUCAUGGUGUAGAUAAAGGGGGCCGACCAGUUUAUAUUGAAAGAAUUGGCAAAGUUGAGCCUAGCAAGUUGCUGAAUGUCACUACAAUAGAUCGAUUUUUAAAAUAUCAUGUUCAGGGUUUUGAGAGAAUGUUCAAAGAAAAAUUUCCAGCAUGUUCUAUUGCAGCUAAAAAGCACAUAGUCACAACAACAACGAUACUGGAUGUGCAUGGCGUGAACUGGGUGACCUUCGGCAAAGUUGCUCAUGAUCUUGUUAUGCGCAUGCAAAAAAUCGACGGUGAUAACUACCCUGAGACAUUACACCAGAUGUACAUUGUUAAUGCUGGUAGUGGGUUCAAGCUACUAUGGAAUACAGCAAAAAGCUUUCUUGAUCCAAGGACCACAGCAAAAAUUCAUGUCUUAGGAACUAAAUUCCAGAGCAAAUUGCUAGAGGUUAUAGACUCAAGCCAGUUACCAGAUUUCCUUGGUGGAAGUUGUUCAUGCCCAAAUGAAGGAGGGUGUAUGAGAUCUGGCAAGGGACCUUGGAAUGAUCCUGAAAUUAUGAAACUGGUACAUGGUGGAGAAGCAUUAAAGCUGACAAGAAUCAGAAGUUCUUCAAGUGACCGAGAGCUAGGUAUCAAAUCAAAUGCCAACAAGGUCACUCAAAAAUUAGUUAAAAGCACUAAAAUGUUGCAAACUGGAUCUGCAUCAGAUGCAAGGUCAAGUCCCUCAGUCUUCAUGCAGUCAAUUCCUCCUCUUGAAGAUAAAAGGAUGGGAGACCAUACACCUAUGUACGAACAGGUUGAGCCAGCCAGUACUGCCAGGGAAAUUGAAACUGCUGAUUCAACUAGUGAUUCAAACAACAUUAAUUCCAGAAGAUCACCAAAGGAGCUGAUUCCUUAUGUUACAAGUAUAGUAAUUCAAGUCAUACUCAGAGUUUUAGCUUGUAUAUAUGUAGUUCUUGUAGGCCUUGGAAAAUUUUUGGUCGUUCAGUUCACAGACGGCCAAUCAAGAAGCCUUAACAAAACACAGAAAACUGAAUCAAAGUCCGAGGAGCUCUUGAUAUCUCAGGAAACAAGAGAUCCCCUUUGGCAAAGGUUGCAGAAUUUAGAAGAGGCAGUAACUGAGAUGAUCAACAAGCCAACAACAAUUCCUCCUGAGAAAGAGGAUAUCCUUCAUGAGUCAUUGAAUCGUAUAAAAUGUAUAGAACAUGAUUUGCAAAAGACAAAGAAGGCACUUGUUGCAACUGCUUCGAAACAAGUUGAGCUUGCUGAGUGUUUGGAAAGCUUAAAGGAGGGUAAAUUUAAUGGGACAAACUCAUGUUGGCCUAAAAAUGCUAAUCCUUGUGCCCCCGGAGGAUGAGUUCCAUUCUUUGAGCCUCAGUUUGCUAAGAUAUCUAGUUCAUUGUGCUUGUUGAUUCUCUAAAGCUGAAUUGCUACCGGGCCCGUACUUCUAUUGGCUUAUAUAAUGGGAUUAAAAUUGACUGAGAAAUAGGCUGAGUGGAAUGGAAACCCUCAAGCAGAGAAGAAAAGGAAGCAGGGAGGUUUUUUGAAAUGUCUGAGCUUUGAAGUAGUUUCUUUCCCAUAGAUAUACCAAUUGUUUGAUUGAACCACAGUUUUUUUUUCCCCUUUUAAAUUAUUUAAUUUCUUUAUUUAUAAAAAUUGUACAAAAAUAUGAUGAACUUAGCAUGUAUUUACAGUAAGCAGCAUGUAGAACAUCUUUUACAUGUUCUCACAGAUUGUUAGCAUUGAGCAGUAAAUUUUGAAUUUUACUGCAUAUUAUUUUUGCUCUUGAAA